UAAUAACCGUAUCUGCAUGCUUUUCGAGAUGGGACGUGAAAAUGCUGGAUUCACCGAGAAUUCCUGGCUGCUGCGGGUAGUCAACUUUGAUAGCCUGACGUACCGUGACAUCGUCGUGCCUUCGUCUUUGAUAGACGUUACCAAUGAACGAAAACCUAUAUCCUGCUGCGUUGGGUGUAUCCUGGCGCUAGCGAAUUCAUCAAAGGCCGAUACCGUUCCAAUACAACGCGAGACUCUGGAAGUCGGCCCUGAUGCGCCACCAACCGGAGAGUGGCCGUGGUGUGUCUUUGCAGGUCGACGAGGGGUUACUAGAGGAUGCACACGUGCCACAGACAGUAAAGCGGAAACCCCGGGUGCGACAAAUGGACUAAACCACGGAGGUCACUGUUGUACCGCACUCAACAGGAAUAAUACUUGCUCUACAAGCGGUGCGGCUGUAUGCUCUGCUAAAGACUAUACUGUAGUGUACGGGCGACGCGUAAUCUACUGCGGGUCAGGGAUACCCCCACAAUCAGCUACAGGCUCAUGUGCUCACGAUCGAGCUCAGGCGCUCUCAAGCAGCUCCACGUCCCAGUAUUGUCACGGACAAGCAACUGGGUUAAAUCACGGGCACGCUGCGGCUAACUCGGAGCAGCAUGCAUGUUCCGUCUUCACGAACCGGCAGAGCUGGAGAAGAAAAAGAGUCGACUCGAUCACGCCUCAGACGUCCUGUGGGGAGACCUUGUCUCAGGACUGGAAAGUACAACCUGAGGCACCUGAUACUGCAGAAUCGGUGUGCUUUCGUUAUGAUACCAGGUUCAGGGAUCGCUCAUCUGAAACAACCAAAUCGAGCAGGUCCUGUGAUACCUGGUCCCAUCACAUCUACGCACCAAAGUCAACUCGAGAUCGUGAUUGUGGCUUCUCGCAGGAUUACAGUGUUUCCGUUCAGGGUGGAAACGAGUGGAUUUCAGGACUGAGGGAUACAAGAACAAAACAUGAAGGAGCGGGGUGCAGCCCCAGUCAACUGGGCGCGGUUCCGGUGAAGCGAAUGACAAACAGGAUUUAUUCGAAAUCCCGAGAUAAAAGGACUGAAACCCACAGAGAAAAUGCAGGAGUGCUCAACGCAUGUACGGGCAGAGUUGUGACUCUUUACAUCGGUGCAACUGACUACUCGGACAGUAGUGAGCAUGCUGAAUUCCUAGCCGGCACCGUUCACAGACUGCAAACACUAAGGCGGCAACAUCAAACAGUCAUGGAGAGGGUCAGAAACAUGACGAACGCACGAGCCACAGAGGGCGUUUCCAGUCCAGUACGCAGAGCGGCUUCAUCUGUGGCAGUGCCACCUCCAACGAUGACCCAGUCAGUGGACGGGCAACUGCAGGCCUCACCAAAACUACCUUAUUGUAGUGAUCAGACCCGUUGCAACUGCUUUCAAGUGAGAGUUGCAGCGAUCUGCUGGAUGCUGUCGACCUAUAGCGAACUUGUAAAUGCUUUCUUUGCCUGCUUGCUUCCAUCUGUGGCAAGUGACGCUGUUUCCAUUGUUCCGAGGGCGUCAACAAAACCUCUAUUCUCGGGAGACUCUGCCCGGAACAAAAGAGGGCGCCGUCAUGCCUCUGGUGGUGAUCUUGUAGUAGCAACGCGACCUGCGUUUCACAACAGUAGUGCCGGAUCGGGUUUUCUUCCUCUGGACGCUAGGCGCAAUGAAAGUCGUGCACCGAAUGGUGGUUUUCUGUCACCUUUGCUUCAUCAAAUGUGCUGGGUGAGGAAUCACGUCAGACCGACAGAGGCGGCUUCAUCCUCCUUGGUUCUAGAUCGGUAUUCACAUGCUGAAGACAGCAACGCACGGCCCAGGGCUGCCGAGUUACUACAUGCUACACUGUUGUUACUCGAUCGUGGAGAAGCGGCCAUGGAUCGUUCACGUGAAACGACCCCUGUCCACCAGCCCCUUCAAAUCCCCGCAACUGUCGGACUUGCUCUAGUUCGACCUGUUCCUAGAACGGUGUUACCACGGUCACGGACGCCAGCACGGACGUUCUGGCGGCCUGUCACGAAGGAUCGCCGGCAGCAAAAACUUGCCUCAGGGCCGGCUCACCCAUCGUCCACCGCGUCGCCAACAGAAAGCGAGAACUCUCAUGCAAUUAACUCUGACUAUGCUGUGCGCUACAAAUGGUUCGGCAAAGGCUCUUCAGAACUUUCCGACCGCCCACCAUCCCUUUUCUCCUUGUGCGCAGACAGCCUGAGCCGGAUGCUUAUUGCUGUUUUACCCACUAUAUUCGAUUUUCAGUGCUCAGCAAUGAACGGACAGCUUUUGUGUUCGCUCAUCGACUGGUCCCGGGUUCGGCGCCCACCACGCGUUGCCCUAACGCUACUCUUGGUUGCCUCCAGCGCCGAACACAGUGCCUCGGACGCAGGCAUGCUUGGCGCGAAUCGGUUCCAGCGUCGAAUCUCCUCGUGGCAAGGUAGUUUACCCGUCACGGGUUCAGCCAUGGGCAGCCAAUUGUUGGGGGUAUAUUGUUCAUGUGAAGUCACGCAAAGGGAACGCCAGUCUUCUAAAGACGAAGCGGCCGAACCUGGCCUCUGCUCCAGACCAAGUGAAAACUUGAGCGUGUCGUUAGAAGACAUCAUGCCUUUCCGGCAACGUUUCCCCUUCGUUGAUAUGUUGCUUCAUCGCGUUUACGAUGUUAGAGACUUGUUCCCCUCAUUACCGUAUUUGUCGGCCGAGGUGUUGAUGGCAGUAUUCUGUUCGCGGACUCUCAACAGGAUAGACACCGAGCAACAAAUGGUUUCCUUAUUUAAGUCAUGGCAGCGGAUUCAAACGCUCAAAAGGAGGUAUUGUUCGAGUACGUGUGAGUUCGAACACAGUUCUACUACAAGCAUUCACUCACGUACUGUCCGAGAAAACACUAGGGCGGACACUUCCUGCAUGUACCAUCUUGACAGUGCUGUGGUGGAGGGGGCUGAUCAGAAGAAUUCCGACAGCCACCCUGUGCAUUGCAUCUGUGGGAAGACUCCUGACAGAGUGUUCACCGGCACAGCUCAUUCACACGCGUUCUGUUUCAGCGUCGGCGGACAAAGCUGUCAGAUGACAGUCCCGCUGGAGCAAGAUGGUGGAAAUACCCCGACAUCUGACCCAGUUGGUCGCUUGCCGUCCCCCGUAACUUCUGCGCGGCAGUCAAACGUUCGUGCAGAGCAUUCGGCUCUUCGUUUUCCCAUCUGCGCCAGAUCAGCCGACGCCAGCGGAGUGACAGCAUGUCAGCGCAUGCGGUCUGAGGCUGCACCAUGGCUUCACCUGUUUUCUUGCAGCACACCAGCGGCGGCUUCAUGGUCUCGCACCGCUGGCUUAUUACAUCAUCAACCACGUCGUCCGGUCCUCUCUUGGUCACGCAAAUUUGCGACAACGUGUCAGGGUGCAGACCCGUCUUCUGCAGAUGAUCUGCCCCAGGUUGUCUGCCAGCGGACGACGCAGUGUCAACCAGCAGGGGAGGAAGCAAGAGAUUUUGUCGCCUCUGACAACACUGGAACGGAUAAAUUACUGAGAGCACGAAUACUUCAAGGUGAACGUCACCUUCGAAGGGGACCGCGAUACCCUGCAUCCAACAUCGUGUCCACUCUGGAAGGUAGUCGCUUCGCUUACAGCCCCGAAAAACCUCUUUCAACAUAUUUCACCGCAGCAGAGAUUCUUGUUUGGCUUCACAAAAGGUGGCGUCUGGUCUUCAUCCGUCGGAAACGCUUGCUGCCCAAGAGGGCAAGAAAUGGUGUCGUCGAACAGGUAACCGGAGAAAACUGUGCAGCAGAUUGCACAAAUGCUUGUUGUCCCACACUGUUGGCCCCAUGUUGUGGCGACAGUAGUGUAGAAGACUUGCCCUCACAUAGGGACCAUGUCAUUCCCCGGAGGUCAUUUCCCAACGGAGUACCUCCAGUAGUCGAAAUGAGCGCGCACACGGGGAAGAAUGUCGUCAGUGGAUCUGUCCAUGAAAAGGUCAGAGUGGCUGUUACGGACUGCACAAAAGUACAGGACAGUAGCCUGGGGCCAGUUUCCACAUCCUCAAGCUUCUCACCCGUCAGGGACAAUGGCACACUCCACUCUGGCGGUUUGCUUCGUUUUUGCAACACAACUAUGAAGCCAGAAGCCGGGGGAUGCCAGCAAAUACCAGAGCAACAGCAGAAUCGGUCGCCUCAUCGUGACGGUUCUGAUGAAUCGACAUCGACAGCACAGCUGGAUAGGUCCUUCGGUGAAACUGAGCCGAGCACGGGCUGGGGUCGGUCGACAACUGCACGAGGGAGAGCAGGCAGGACGGAGGCGGGUUGCCCCGAGCAACGGCGUCUCCAUGGCGGAAGCGAAGUGGACGACGAUAGUACAACCGGUCUGUAUAGGGGAGAAUCUCCAGUAAGCUUAGGUGAUUUGUCUCACAUUUCCCUAAGUGAUAUAGCCGAUCAUUUAACUCUAUCUGCAGAAAGUCAUCAUGGUGUGACAGUGCCGAAACCAGCGACGAAGCGGCGGUUUGUUAACCGUCUCGUGUACGCGUCAGACACACGGUGGCUCGAAGUUCUUCGCAAUGGACCACAACACCGCAGGCCGGAACAGCAGCCGUACGGCGGCGGGAUCUUUUUCCGUCAUAUGCGGGAUGCCGAAUGCGUGGCUCUUAACAUAGCGGCCCGCCUUUCGCUCCUGUCAGCGGAGCACCUACCCAAAACACAUGGAGCACUGGAGGGCGUCGUUCGUCACCUUCUGUUCAAGACGUCGGCAGCUGCUGUGUUUAGCAAUGUGUUCCCUGAGCGGUCGGCUGAUACGUGGGAAUGCCUUGGAUUACAAGGAGGAAAGACCGCCGGUUUUCCGUCUGGAAACUUGGUAACGGGGUUCGACCCGGGAUUCUUAAACUCGGACGCCGGAUAUGUGCCUGUAGACAUCGUCUACGCCUGCGGUCAUGGCCUAUGCGGAAGCCAACAAGGCCAAGUUCACGGAUGUGAUCCUCGUUUCCUCGAGCCACUUAAUCAUAUCAGAUUACAUCCGACUCCGGAUGCAGAACUACGAACGGUGACAAGUGAGGCUUUUUCACAAAGGAGCACUAAUGGGAUCCCCAAUGUAAGAGACUCUCAAACGGCCAAUCUGGGCCCCGCGGCACCGUCUGGAAUCAUACCUGAGCUUCGUCCUCACCCCCAUCGAAGGUCACAUCACUGUCCGCUCUUUAUGAGCCCUCGUCUAGGUCAUGAAUUGCGUACCGGCAUCGCUGACCGGAUUCAGGAUCGUGUCGGUGGUCAUAUUUCCGGUAAAGAGAACUGCCUGCGAGUGUCACGAGUAAGCGCAGCAUCUUCGGUUAGGUUGCCGACAACUGGGUGUCUCCACGAGAAGGCUCCGGCGAGUGUCAGAUCACAGAUAGAAUGCGCCAGUCCCGGGAUAAUCCCAUCUGCUGGACGUGGUGACUCAGGUGACACAGGUGUCUACCUGUCUCCAUCAACAAACGUAGCUGGUACUCUGCGGGACAAUAACAGCGAUAUCACAUCUCGCAUACCAUUGCUGUACCUUUUCGACUACAAUAACACACCCCAUGCUCCUUAUGUUUGUUCCAAGAAGCCAAAAGAUGACAAAUGUCUUUUCCGAAUCAGGUGUUCACAACGUGCUCUUUCAGGUGAAACUUACAGCGAUUCUGUGAAGCCUAAUCUUGCAGUGUCGAAAAAUGGUCAACCAAAAGAGAUGUAUUACAACAGGGAGGCGGGAAACAGUUGGGAAAGGGUAGUUCUUCCAUGUGAUGGUGGAGAGGAGGGAUGGAUGUCUGCUGCAGCACCGCUAGACAUGCUACUGCACCGACAGUCUUCCCUCAUCAGGCUGUGGGAGCGACGCCUGCUGAUUAAUACUGUUGCUGAGUCUCUUAGGUGCACACCUAAGGCUGUGACUCCGGAAAUACCUAGGUGGGAGGAUGACAUUCAAUCCGACAGCAGUACACGGGCCUGCAGCUCGAUGUGUGCCUGGCCUUCUCUUGGCGUUGAUUGUCCGUGCGGGUGCACAAAAGCUGUUCGACAAGUAACGCGAGGUCCAGUGGACGGAGAUAUGCAUGCGGAGUAAUUACGGACUCCGGCGAACCCACCGCAAGCCGCGUAGGUGUACUCAGAUACAGUUAAGGUGAUGAGCUUCGUUUUGCGUGUCUUGUGGUGUUGGCAUACUACUGAACAAGACUACGUAUUACGCGACCUUUCAAAUAUUCGUCCCGUUUUGUGGCUCGGUCUCCAUGGGAAGCACGAUGGGCCGGUCUCUGGGCGCAUUUUCCACAACGUGGCUCUCUACCACAUCCAGCACGAGCAGGCCACAGGCUGUGCACAACGAACUGCUUAACAGGGCGACCUCAUAAAUUGAUUCGAUUUACAGUAGAGUGCUGCGCGACAUGCCCUGCAGAAAAACGAGAACGUAGUGAAAACCUACUGUGCCGCCGAAGAGUCAGUCAUGAGCGCCGAGGAAACGUAUGCGUUUUUGUUUCCUGUUUGAACGCUAAACCGACAAUCUCUUCAUGCAAGAAUUGUUCGCUUUCGCAGUCGCUGCAUCGCAGUGGAGCGCUCUUAUAUUCCUUGCGAUUGCCAUAAAUAUUGAAUGUAGUUCCAAAGUUGACAAAGGGUGAGUGCUGCAUGGGGAAAUGG